UUUAAACUGGGUGUUCGGAUUUAUAUGUCAUUUAGUAUAUAUCAUUCGUAGUACAAAAUACACACAGCGGUACGACGCGUUUCGUUUCAUGCGGCGUUUUUAAAACAGCUUCGGUUUGUAGUUGAUCUGAGGAAUCGAGUCGGUUUAAUUCAAGUGGCGCGUUGAGUCUUUCAGCGUCAUUAGAUUCCUCUGUUCAUACACAUACGUGUUUCGACUCGUUUUGUAUAGAAAUGGAAGCACACAAAAUUGAUAUUGAAAAGCUAAUUAUGCGAAGUAGAGAACCGACCACCACUUUGGAUUAUGAGGAAGAUGGAAUAGAGCGAAUGGGUUAUGAGAAGAAAAUGUUGGGAGGAACUAGUAAUGAAUUGCAUAAAAAAUUGAAAAAUAUCCGAGACAACUUUUCAAGAGAUAUUCAUCAAAGGAAAGGAAAGUCAGGGGCUGGAGCUUAUCGGAAAGCUCCUUACGUUUAUACACAGAGAUUACAAUUUCUCACAGAUGUAGUACUGCCCAGACAAACCACCAGUUCAUUAGAUAAUGAAUAUUCAUUCGAAUUAGAUACAAAUAACCCUGAAAUGCCCACUUUAAUCUAUAAAGAAAAGUAUAAUUCUAAAAUUGGCAAAUAAGGACACACCCGGUUGAAAAAAAAAUAUUACAUUCACUUGAAAAUUACGAAAAAAGAGCAAACAAGACGAUGACUGAAGAUGACAAUUACCACUUUGCACUUUCCUUAGUACCUUCACUUAUUGCACUGCCAAGACAUUUAAAUACAAAAUGCAGGAUUGAAAUAAUGCAGACUAUUUCGAAAUAUGCAACCAGGACCGAAGCAAAUCAGACAUCAGAUACACCACCACCUCCACAUCAGCAAACGUAUUCCAUAACCCAUUAUCCCAGUCAGUCAGGACUUGUACAACAUCCACAAGAGCACUAUGGAGUAUUUCAGAAUGCCGCCAAACAACAAAUAAACUCCACACUACCUCCAGCUCCUUCACCAGCUAAAUCGGUUAGAAGCUAUUAUUCCCACUUUUCGGAAGACGAUUCCCAGUUUAGUAUAUUUAAUAUGAAUUGAAUAAAUAAACUCUUAUAAUGUAUGAAAGAUUGUG